CAGAGGACAUUUAAAUGGCGUCUCAGCAGUGUUGCGUAGCUCCGUAAAAACUGUUAUUCGUACAACCAGCGUCCCAGUUAGUGUUCGGCUCAAUCUCUCUGCCCCCAAACCGCAGUUUAUCCUUCCCAAUAGUUCGCAAAGUCACAAAAGAUAAAAAUAAUGAGCGACGAGGAGGACCUCUUGCAGAAAGUCCGAACCAGGUUCGAUGAUCUGUGCCGAGUCCUGAACAUGGACGAGGAGGCGAGUACCGAGGCGUGGAAGAGCUACGAGAACAUCAGCAGGACCUUCACCCUGGAGGGCAGUGAGCUGCACUGGUUGGCCUGCGCCCUGUACAUGGCCUACAGGUCCUCGGUGCCCACAGUGGGGAAAGGGAUCGCUGAGGGGAACUACGUGUCGCUGACCAGAAUCCUGCACUGCUCAGAAAUCAGCCUGAUCGAGUUCUUCAACAAGCUGAAGAAGUGGCAGGACAUGGCCAACCUGCGGCAGGACUUCCGUCAGAGUACCGACAAGCUGGAGAGAGAUUUCACCGUGUCGGCCGUCAUCUUCAGGAAAUACGUCCCCAUCUUCAGGUCCAUCUUCAAGGCCCCGACGGAGGAGCCGCCACGCGUCUACCGCAGCCGCAAACAGAGACGCCAUCCGUGUACCGUGAGUGAAGUCUUCAACUUCUGCUGGGUGCUGUACAUCAGCACUAAAGGAAACUUCCCGAUGAUCAGCGAUGACCUGGUGAACUCAUACCACCUACUGCUGUGCUCCCUGGACCUCGUCCUCACAAAUGCCUUGCUCUGCAACGCCCGGAAAGACCUGCUCAACCCCAGCUUCAAAGGGCUCCCUGAGGACUUCAGCAACAAGGACUUCAGGCCGUCCUCAGGCCCGUUCUGCUUCAUCGAGCAGCUGUGCGAGCUGCAUGACGGCCUGGUUCUGGAGGCCAAAGGUGUCAAAGAGCACUUCUGGAAACCCUUCAUCAAGAAGCUCUUCCAUAAGAGAAUUCUCAGAGGAAAAGAAGACAGCCUGACUGGUUUUUUGGAUCCCAUGAACUUUGGGGACAGUUUCCUGUCGCUCAGUCGUCUUUAUGAGGAGCAAGUUUUGGCCACGGGCAGCCUGGAUGAGAGGAUCUUCACUGGGGAGGGAGCUAGUGAAGACAUCGGGACGCCGUGGCCCUGCCUCGGUGAGGGCAUGGAGAACCAGGACAGCACCACCCACAGGCUGGACACCAACCUCUCUGUAAGACUCACUUCCUGUUCAAUCUUUCUUCUUCUCCUACUGUCCUAACACGUCUCUGGUCUCGAGGCCUCGGCUUUGAAGGUCUCGACUCCUCUGAGUGGGAGGAAGUACAUCCAGGAGACCCGCCUGGCAUCUCCGCUCUCAACUGCUAUGAAGAGUGUUGGACGACUUCACACGCUCCUGUCAGGGACCAAACACGGGCCGAGUGCCAAGCUGACCCAGAUUCUCAGGGGCUGUUCCAGAGAUCCCAGUGAUGUCAUCAGUCAGCGCCUGAAAGACAUGUUUGACGUUUUCACUCGGCAUUAUGAGGACAGCGAUGCAGAAAGCAGGGGGAUGGACAAAGAAAUGGCGGUGAAGUACUUCCACCUGGCAGAGGCGCUCUACUACAGGAUCCUGGAGUCCAUCAUAGAAAGAGAGAAGAUGAUCCUGGGAGAUGCUGACCUGUCCUGUAUUCUGGAGCAGGACGUCUUCCACCGCUCCCUGCUGGCCUGCUGCCUGGAAAUCGUCACCUUCUCCUACAGACCUCCAGGAGACUUCCCCAACAUCAUCAACACCUUCCAGCUCCCUGCUUAUCACUUCUAUAAGGUGAUCGAGGUUCUGAUCCGGUCGGAGCAGGGCCUGUUCCGGGAGGUAGUGAAGCACCUGAACCAGGUGGAGGAGCAGGUUCUGGAGAGUCUGGCUUGGACCAGCGACUCACCGCUGUGGCAGAGUCUCCAAUCUGUCAAAGUCCCGUCCUGCCAGGAGGUGAUGCCUCCUCAGUAUCUGGAACAGAACGAUGAGAGCAAAACGAGCGGCGUUCCCACAACACCAAUAAACCACGGAGUGGACCUCAACACCAACAGAACCGCCAAAGGUGUGUCCCCCUCCCCCACCACCCUGCAGGACAGGUACAGCUCGCCCCCCACAGGUGGGUUUCGUCGCCGUCUGUUUGUGGAGCCAGUAGAGGGUGAGACCAGCACCGCCAGUUCCUCCCCGAUCAUAGUGACAAAGACCGGCCCACCAGGUCUUGUUGCUGCAAUCCCUGCUGGGCAGACGGUGGUGGCGACCGCUACGGUCACUGCCAACAACUGGCAGACGCUGCCCAUACCUGUGCAAGGGAUACCGAAUGAGAUCCGAGGCUUCACGUUCAUUCCGGUGCAGGUGGGUACAGCCACGCUGCAGCCACUCACUGCGCAGACGUUGACCGGCACCCUUACAAUCCAAUCACCUGUCAGCAAACCACCUCCUAAAGCAUCCAGCAGCCCGCUGAGGAAAGGCCCCCUGUCUCUGUUCUUCAGGAAGGUGUACCAUCUGGCCAGCGUCCGUCUCAGAGAUCUCUGCUCCAAAUUAGACAUCUCAUCAGAUCUGAGGAGGAAGAUCUGGACGUGUUUCGAAUAUUCUCUGGUCCACUGUUCCGACAUGAUGAAGGACCGCCACCUGGACCAGCUGCUCAUGUGUGCCGUUUACCUCAUGACAAAGGUCACCAAAGUGGACAGGUCCUUCCAGAACAUCAUGAAGUGUUACCGCACUCAGCCUCAGGCCACCAGCAACGUCUACAGGAGUGUGCUGAUCUCCGGGAGAAGGAGGCUUCCUCCCACCACCAACGAUCCCAACAAACUGAGCUCCUCAGCUGAUGGCAGCCAGGAUCCAGGUGGAAACAUCAGCCCGGUUCCAGUCUGCUCCAGCAGCAGCCUACUGACGCCCCGGCCCAGCAGUGCCCCCUCCACACCCACCAAGAGCUCCUCCCCUUCCUCCCCAGCUGAGGAGGAGCGAGGAGACCUGAUCCAUUUCUACAACAACGUCUACAUCAAACAGUUGAGACUGUUUGCCCUGAGAUACUCGCCGAGCUCGCCGUCUGCAGCGGUAGAGUCCCACCCUCUGUGUCCUUACCCAACCCAGAGGACAGGUUCCCCCCGUCGAAUGCUUCUGUCCAGCAAACACUCCAUCUACAUUUCCCCGCACAAGUCAGGCUCCGCCCCCUCGCCGUCUGCCCCCCGUAAUAGGAUUUCCUACUACAUCUGCAGCAGCCCCCACAACCGUCUCCAGGAGAUCAACAGCAUGAUCCGGACAGGAGAGACUCCCACCAGGAAGCGCAGCAUCCCUCUGGACGAGGAGACGUCCCCCAAACGACUUUGUCCCGACAACCACACCGCGCUGCUGCGCCGCCUGCAGGACAUUGCCAAGGACCGCAGCUCCUCCCACUGA